UCUCUAUAAAAAAUUCACAAUCCAACCUCAAAAAGUGACCAAGAAGUCUGAUGGGUAUGCAUGUUUUUCAACAGUGAGAAUUGGGUUGGUGAGUUUUUAAGAAAAAGAAGAACGCCUUCAGAGAGAGGUAGAGAUCAGAGAGAUGGGGUCGUCUGAGCCAGACUAUGAAGCAAGCUCCACACCAAAGCUCUCGUUGUUCUCACUUCCAAACAAGCUGUCGGAUCAGGAGUCAACAGGAAUGCUAACACCACCGCUCCGAGCCACAGCGUCUGUUCCAUUUCACUGGGAGGAAGCACCAGGGAAGCCUAGGCAGCCAUGCGCCGCCAAUUCCAAACCAGAGACUGCCGCAAGAAUCUUGGAACUGCCUCCGAGAUUGCUGCUAAGUGAGAGUAAAUCCAUCAACAUGCCGUCCCCUACCACGGUCUUGGACGGGCCUUACGUACUGGGGCGGACUGUGUCUCACAGCCACAGGUUUUCUUUCAGAAGCCCAGAUCAGGAUGUGGGCAGGAGAUUAACGUCAAAGGAGAGGGGAGGCCAUUUCCGGUCAAUGAGGUGGGGUAGUUUCAGGAAGAAUAAGCAGGUUUUCCAGGGUAGUUUUGACUUCUCCUCUUCUUCGGUGAUCGACGGUGAUCAUGGCGGUGGCAAUAAUACUAAGGGGAAGAUCACGAGAGUUAGCAGGAAAGGGAGCUUUCUGAGUCUUGCAAACACAAGCUCUCAUUUGUUGGCAAGCGUUUAUGAAAGCUUUAAGCAGGUGGUCCCAUGGAGGCGUUCAUCAGCAAGAAAGAAUACUCAGAAAGAUGAUGGGCUAACUAGCUAGUUAGCUCCAGCCUGAUUUAUUGCAGCCCCUGAUCUCUCAUGAUGAUCUACCUCCUCAUCAUCAUGCUCAUGCUCAUGCUCAUGCUCUAAUAAUUUCAGUUUUUCAAACCUGCACAGUGCUGUAAUAAUUUCUGCUUACUUUCGAAAAUCAUGCGAUCAUGUAUAGCUCAGAAAGUAAAAUCAAUAGCAUGUUUACUUUA